AGUCCCCUGCCCUUGGUGGCGAUGGAGCCGCUGUUCCCCACCUCCAGACCGGCCGGCUGGAACACCUCAGCGGCCACCAGCGGCGGCGGCGGGGAGAACGGGACGAUGGCGGGGCCCGCAUCCUCGCCGGGGGCCCGAGCGGUGGUGGUGCCGGUGCUCUACCUGCUGGUGUGCGUGGUGGGGCUGGGCGGCAACGCGCUGGUCAUCUACGUGGUGCUGCGCCACGCCAAGAUGAAGACCGUCACCAACAUCUACAUCCUCAACCUGGCGGUGGCCGACGUGCUCCUCAUGCUGGGGCUGCCCUUCCUGGCCACACAGAAUGCCGUCUCCUACUGGCCCUUCGGCCCCGUGCUGUGCCGCCUGGUGAUGACGCUGGACGGCAUCAACCAGUUCACCAGCAUCUUCUGCCUGACCAUCAUGAGCGUGGACCGCUACCUGGCCGUGGUGCACCCCAUCCGCUCCACGCAGUGGCGCCGCCCACGGGUGGCCAAGCUGGCCAGCGCCGCGGUCUGGGCCUUCUCGCUGCUCAUGUCUCUGCCCCUGGUGGUCUUCGCGGACAUCCAGGAGGGCUGGGACACCUGCAACCUCAGCUGGCCGGAGCCCGUGGGCCUGUGGGGCGCCGUCUUCAUCAUCUACACGUCCGUCCUGGGCUUCUUCGGGCCGCUGCUGGUCAUCUGCCUGUGCUACCUGCUCAUCGUGGUGAAGGUGAAGGCGUCCGGCGUGCGUGUGGGCUCCACGCGGCGGCGCUCGGAGCGCAAGGUGACUCGCAUGGUGGUGGUGGUGGUGCUGGUGUUCGUGGGUUGCUGGCUGCCCUUCUUCAUCAUCAACAUCGUCAACCUGGCCAUCGUCCUGCCCGAGGAGCCCGCCGCCGCGGGUGUCUACUUCUUCGUGGUCAUCCUGUCCUACGCCAACAGCUGUGCCAACCCUGUGCUCUACGGCUUCCUCUCCGACAACUUCCGCCAGAGCUUCCGGAAGGUUCUGUGCUUCCGAAAGGGCUAUGGCACUGAGGACGUGGAUGCCACGGAGCCGCGGCCCGACAAGAGCAGCCGGCUACAGGAGGCCACGCUGGCUGCAUGCAGCUCAGAGGCCAACGGGCUCAUGCAGACCAGUAGGUUGUGAGGGGUACUGAUGGGCCAGGCCCGGCACCCCUGCCCCGCCCGGUCUGGGUUUCCUGCUGGGCCGAGCCCUUCCCUGAGAUUCGGGGACCUGCUGAGGUGCUCCCCAGCAGCCUAAAUACUCUCCGAGGCGUGAGGGCAGCUGUCUGGAAUGAUGCUGUGGGUGGUCCUGCCGUGACAAGCUGCCACUCCACCUGUCUGUUCUUGUUGGGCAAGCUGGGGUCACGGGGCCUGAGGGGGUGGGUGGCAGAGGCCCAGGGGGUCCAGGCAAUGGUCAGGGCAUCUCGACCCUCUGGCCCUGCCCCAGCCUGUGUCAGCCUCCCAGGCCAGGGAAGUGGUCAUAAGUGUAACAGGGUGAUACCUGCCCCCCCCCUGCAGCCUCCACCCUCUUGUCAGCCCAGUGCCACCUGGUCAGCCACCUGGUCAGCGUCAAGUGCUACACCAUGAAAUUAAAGACUCCGCUGUGCUGGCUUCUGGCCUGUGCCCCCGGCUCCCGGCUCCUGGGAGCUUGUUGACGUUGGACAUGGCAGGUGUGAAGAACAGAAGCUGCAAAUGCCCCAGGCAGUGACAAAGGGUGAUGGAUGCCAGAGGAGACUCAGGAGCUGGCCCACCCCUGCUGCUGCACCUCCCUUCCUGCUACCCACAGUCCCCUUGGGGCAGCGAGGGGCGGAGCCAUGGCUUCCAUGGUGGGGUUGGGUGGGGAAGGCAGCAAGUACAGAGGGAGAGGGAGGAGCCGAGGUUGGGGGUGCACUGUUAGCCCCCAGGUUUCUGGGUUUGUGGGUGGGGGCACAGAUGUCCAGAGGGGCUCAGUGCAGGGGGCCUAGGUCACUGGGAGGGGCUGUCCUGGGAGGGGCCCGUG